CGGUGCCGAAGACGACCAUUCCAGGCCUUGGUGGCGUCGUCGUCUCAGAUCCUUGUAUAUGGCGGCCAUGUCCUUUACUCCGUCCACUUUUCGAAUCGCAAUCUCGUUGCUCCUUCUUGUUGCUAUCGUCACCGCCGUCAUUUUUCUCCCGGUCGAACAGAAAUUGAAGGACUUCUUGUUAUGGAUUAAGGAAGAUCUUGGACCUUUUGGUCCACUUGCAUUGGCUUUGGCUUAUAUUCCUCUCACAAUUGUCGCAGUUCCUGCUUCUGUACUCACGCUAGGUGGUGGUUACCUUUUUGGCCUGCCAGUAGGAUUUGUAGCCGACUCUCUUGGAGCUACAUUAGGUGCGACAGCGGCAUUUCUGCUUGGUAGAACGAUUGGUAAAUCUUAUGUCACAUCAAAAAUAAAGCAUUACCCUAAGUUUCAAGCUGUUUCCAUAGUCUUGCUGCUACGCGUUGUCCCCAUACUGCCCUUCAAUAUGUUGAAUUACCUCCUAUCUGUAACCCCGGUUCGCUUAGGGGAAUACAUGCUGGCCACUUGGUUGGGAAUGAUGCCCAUUACUUUUGCGCUAGUAUAUGUUGGAACAACUCUGAAAGAUCUUUCUGAUAUUACACAUGGAUGGCAUGAGGUGUCAGUAUUUCGUUGGGUAAUUAUGAUGGUUGGCGUUGCUCUAGCUGUAAUUCUGAUAAUAUGCAUAACAAGAGUGGCUAAAUCAUCCUUGGACAAAGCAUUGGCUGAGAAUGGAGAUACUAGUGUUUCUCGUGGCCUCUCGCUUGAGAAGAAAAUUGAAGCCCUUGAGAGCCUGGCGGGACAAGUUAGUAAUAGGCGAUCUCGGAGAUGGUUAAAUGAUCGUAUUCUGAUGGAACUUGUUCCUCGUUUGGAUGCCCAAGAAAUCAGAGGCUUGUUUGCUCCACCACCAUGGGGUGAUGAUGUCCCACCCUCAGCCUUUUCUUUGACUAAUGUUGGAGAAUGGGACAAAUUCAGAAACAUAGAUAUUGACAAGGAGGCCAACAUCAUGGAUUCCUUGAAUCGGUCAUCUGUAAGGCAGAAAGGUAGUGUGGAUGUUGAUAAAGCCGCUGUCUUAAAUGCUUGGAGAAGAAUAGAUUGUAGGACAAGAGAUGCUCUUCGACGUAGCUUUUUACCUGAACUAAUCGAGGGAUAUGAGAACUGUAUAAGUCAAUUUAUCGAGGAAGGUGGUGAAGGAGAUGUUCUCGAUCUCAAGGUUCAAGACCCAUUCCAUAGAUUGCUUUUGCAUGGUGUUUGUGAGUACCACAAUUUGGUAUCAACAACUGCAACAGAACAGAUAGGAAGGAUAGCAAUGAAGACAACAAGCAUCAAAUGGAAGAAGAGUGGCGAUUCAGGGGAGAAACCAAGCAUCAGCCUUGCGCAUUUCCUUAGGAUGUCAAAGGAAGGAGCUUGGUAACAUCACAUACACUCCUUUGUAGCUGUGUAAUUUUUAUGAAUAAAAAGCUGCAUUAGCG